UGCUGCUGCUGGUGGGACGCAGCGAAGGAAAGGAAUUAGCAGCUCGUGCAAACGGUGUUCCUGCCUCUCAUCUUCCACCCCGGAUGCGCGGAUAAAAACGUGCGCUUGCCGUGCGCCACUUGGCCAGCACCUUCUCAUCUUCAGAGGACUAUCGUUUCUGAUUUUUUUCUCCCUUUAUUUUCUGUCUUUUGCCUCCUCUCCUGUGUCCCGUGUCCUGUCCCUGAUGGAAAUAUGUGCACUGAGCUCCAGCGUUGCCCGUGACUGAGCGACACAACAGAUUUGCCCGAAAAGUGAGCCUCCGCCCCCAACUCCGAGGUUUUUAGCCGUCAGCCACGUGUCCCCGGCUCUGACGGGCCUGCUCCCCGUGCUCCCGCCACCCUAGCUGUCGGCACAGCGCUCUCAGGGAGGAGAGCGCACCGAUGGCGGGCUGACCUGGAGAACACUCGGCCGGCGCCUCUCAGCAUCGCGGCCGUGCCAGGGCUGACCCUCCCCUCGUGGCAGGGCCGGAACCCAACUUGACCGCUUCCCUGGUUUCAUUUCCUGCGUAGUGGUGACUGCAAUGGAACUCUAAUGUAAACCAUGUUUGGACUAAAGCCCCCACUGUACUACCUGCCAGGCAUGAGCCAUGAGCCCAAGUCACCUUCGCUGGGAAUGAUCUCUGCGGCCCCCAGGACCACGGCCACGGUGAGCCCGCUGACCCCACUGGCCCUCAAUGGCUCCGUCGUGCCCAAUGGCAGCCCAGCCGUGCAGUCGACCCACUCGGGAUUCGCCGCUGCCCUGCGCAAACUUGCCAAGCAGGCUGAGGAGCCCCGAGGGUCCUCCAUCAGCAGCGAGUCCUCUCCUGUCUCUUCCCCAGCAACCAAUCACAGCUCCCCAGUCAGUACGCCCAAGCGGGGGCCCACAGGUCCCAUCAUAGUGCCACCAGGGAGCCACAGUGUGCCAAGCACCCCACCCGUGGUCACCAUCGCCCCCACCAAGACGGUCAACGGACUGUGGAGGAGCGAAAGCCGGCAGGGUGAAUCGGGCUCUCGAGGGGCCAACCGGGAUCGUCUGUGCAGCGAGCCUGUCCUGCCUCAGGAGAAAGGGGGCCCCUCUCUCCCAGCACACAUAAUGGGCAACCCAUAUGCCUUUGGCCUGCCCCCCAGCUCCAUGAUCCAGGACUCCCGCUUCCAGGCCCUCAACAGCCUUUCGCGCCAGAUGCAUCAUGUAAUUCCUCCAGCUGGCUUCCCUGAGGAGUAUCUGCGCAGCUUCAGACCCUACGCCACUGCCGAGGAUCUACGCAUGCCCUCCCUGCCCCUGGGCCUAGAUCCUGCUACUGCUGCUGCUGCUGCUGCCGCCGCCGCUUACUAUCCUGGCUACCUGCCCCACCCCUCCUUCUCCCCGUAUAGAAAGCACUGGGGUUCCAGUAGCAAAUCCAGGAUGGACGACUCCUUCUGCCUGUCCUCCCUGAGGUCUCCAUUCUACCCUCUGUCUGCACCCGGCGCCCUACCCCCUCUGCCCCCCUCUGCCGUCCAUGUGCCCCUUUCUGGGGUACGCUACCCUGGGGACCUGAGCCACCCCUCGCUGUCCAGCCUGCAGUCUGAACGGCUUUCAGAGAGGCUGCAGAUGGAGGAGGAGCUGCGGCAACGCGAGAGGGAGCGCGAGAAGGAGCGUGAGCGCGAGGCUGAACGUGAAAAGGAGCUGGAACGGGAACGCGAGAGGGAGAGGGAGCGGGAACGCGAGAGGGAGCGGGAGGCAGAGAGGCAGAAGGACAGGACCAGGGAGAAGGAGCUGCACAUCGCCAAAGCCCUGGAAAGCCAGUACCUGGCAGAGCUGCAUGCACUCAGGGCACCGGCCGAUGACAGAGCCAAGGCCACUGGGAGGCUCACCCCUAACAGGCCAGGUUGUCCAGAUAAAGCCAAAGAUACGGGUUUCCCGAUGGUGCGACCCGUCCAGCCCGGCCUCCACCCACCCCUCAGCUCUGUCCACCCUACAGUACCCGGCCUCAUCGCUGCCCACGGGAUGUACCUGGGGCCAACCGGGGCGGUGCCUGGAGCAACAGCAGCCAUGAUGUUGCAGCGCGCCAACGAGGAAGAGCGUUGGUUGGCACGGCAGCGCAGGCUGAGGCAGGAGAAGGAGGACCGCCAGUACCAGGUGUCUGAGUUCCGCCAGCAGGUCCUGGAGCAGCACCUGGAGCUUGGCCGCCCAGGGGAGGGAGGCGAGCAGCAACGAGGGCAGGGACACUGCUCCAUUGCGAACCUCCACGAUCCACCAAAUCGCGACAUGCCCCCACCCUUGGGGGCACCACCCCCUCUCAUCUCGCCCAAGCCUCAGACCCGAGACCACCCGGCUCCACUUCCGCCCCCUACCACUCUGUGGAACCCCGUCUCUCUGAUCGAGAGCAACUCCGAGUCAAGGCGAGGACAGGAUCCCGCUGUGUCCAGCCACCAUGAGCCCAUCCGAGCAGCCCAGGCCACAGUCAAGCCAGAGCGGCACUCAGGACCAGAGAAGCCAGAAGAUGGCAGCCAGAGAAAGGAGGCCAGGGAGAUUUACCCCUCAGUCCGGGGGGCCCCCUUCCUAGAAUCCAGCGCCUUCCUCACAGAACUGGAGAAGUCCACGCAGUCCUUCCUGAACCAGCAGAGAACACCUCUGCCCAGCCAGAAUGGGGACUCAUGUGGCACAUACAAGGUCAGCUCUCCCCGCAGGGGCCUGCAAGGAUCGGCCGCUGGGGGACCCGACCCCACGCUCAUCUACGAUGAGUUCCUGCAGCAGCAUCGGCAGCUGGUCAGCAAACUGGACCUGGAGGAGAGGAGGAGGAGGGAGGCUAAGGAGAAAGGUUACUACUACGACCUGGACGACUCGUACGAUGAGAGUGACGAGGAGGAGGUGCGCGCACACCUGAGGCGUGUGGCCGAGCAGCCGCCACUCAAGCUGGACGAGUCCUCGGAGAAGCUGGACUUCCUGCGGGUGCUGGGCCUGACCACUCGGGCCCACCGGGAUGAGCUGCUGCAGAGGAAGAGGCGCAAACGCCGCAGGAUGCUGCGGGAGAGGAGCCCCUCCCCCCCAGCGGUGCAGAGUAAGAGGCAGACCCCGCCCCCGGCGCUGUCCCCCCUCAGCACCCGCUUUACGGCUGAGCAGAUGAACAGCGGCCCUGAGCUGGAGGCAAAGAAGAAAUUCCUCACCAUACUGAGUCUGUCCCAUGUCACUGAACAGCAGAGAAGGGCCCAGGAGAAAGUGGCCGAGCUGCUACAGGUGGUCAGACAGAGGAACGUGACUCUCGAUUCGAUCCGACAUGACGCCACACCCCUCUGUGAGGACCUGUGGGAGAUACCCUGUGAUCAAAGCACAGCUCAGCCAUCCAGUGACCCAGACCCCAAGCUGGCGACAGCCGCCAGCCCCUCGCUUGUGGACCCAGAGAAGCCCCCUGAUUCCGGUGGCCAUGUAGAGCAGCCUAAACCAAUGGCCGAAGCCUCAGGGCCAAAGGACAUCCCUGUGGCCCAGUUCCUCAGCAAGAUCAGGCAAGGCGAGGGCCCUCCUGCCAAGCGGAACCCAAGUCUCCUGAACAGUGUGAGAGCAUCACAACAUGUGAAGGAGGAACCCCACGGCCUCAACGGCAGGAGCAGGGUCUGGGAGAACUUUGCAGCUGAGGAGUUUGCCCAGCAGUUCCAUGAGUCCGUGCUGCAGUCCACCCAGAAGGCCCUGCAGAAGCACAAUGCAGGUGGCAGCACAGGGACAGUGGACUCAAACCACAAACUGGACUCCUCCGUGCACUACAACAUCCCAGAGCUGCAGGGGGUGUCCUGCCGGCCGCUGCCCUCCCAGGCCAACGGGACACACUGCCCCCCUCCAGCCCGGAGGGACACCCCAGUGCUCCGCGAUGACCUCUCAACAGAGGAAGGCUCUGAAGAUGAGGAGGAUGAGGAGGAGGAAGAGGAUGCACCAAGCACCAGGUGGCGGGGAAUCGAAGCUGUCUUUGAGGCGUAUCAGGAGCACAUGGAAGAGCAAAGCGUGGAGCGUCAGGUGCUGCUGAGCCACUGCAGGCGGUUAGAGGCCCAUCACUACAGCCUGAGCCUGACGGCCGAGCGGCUCUCUCACACCUGGGGGGAGCUUGUGGCCCAGAAGCAGAAGCUGGCGUCAGAGAGGGAGAAGCUGCAGGCCGAACUGGACCAUUUCCGAAAGUGCCUUGCGCUGCCGCCGCUGCACUGGUCUAGAGGUUACUUCAAGGGCUAUCCCCCGAGGUGACGACCCCACCCCUCAGACCCUGCCCCUCUUCUAGCAAAACAGUCUAUUUUUCUACCAGGGUUGUUCCUAAGAAGAAGAAAGAGGAAAAGGAAAGAGGGAUGCUGGACCGGUGCUGCAGCAGGCCCUCAAAGUGCCACGUGCGUGCGCCACUCAGUCCAGCCAGCCUGGUCAGGGCUCCGACGGGGUGUCUGCACUCGCUGCCCCCAGACGAUGCUCGCAGGUGGGUCCAGCACAAAGCUGCGGUGUCGGGCGCCUCCAGUCCAGACCCCUUUGCGUAGCACAUAGAGGCCCUGCUGUGGCUGGCUGUGUGGCUCUCGCCUGGAAAUGCACUUAAAAACACGAAUCUGAAAAACUACCCUGAGGUGCCGUGUUACAAGGAGCUUUUUUUUUUAAAUGUGGAAGAACUUACAAAUGCACAUUUUGGAAAGAU